CCGGUUGACGGAAGGAAAGUGUGCUGCUUUGCAAAACACGUGGAUUUUCCGGGACCAUUUGUGUGUUUGUGUUUAUCUGGUGGUUUGUUUAUAUUCUAGUGAAACUCUCUGUAUUGGAUUUUAAUAUUAUUUAUGGGCGCGAAUGUGCAUGUCCUUUGGAUUUUAACUUAAACACAUGGUGGUCAAGAUCUCUAUCUUCCACUCCCUUGCCAGCCCCUAGGCCACCCCCUACAUCUGCUAAAGUAAGCCCUUGCGGGUGGCCUGUCGGCGCAGGCCCGGGCUUGCUUUAGGAUGCGCGGGCGAUGCGCGCCGGCCUGUGCACGGUGAGCGCCCCCCUGGCCGCGUGCAAACCCCCCGCCGCUGCUGCUUUGCCCCCCUCGGCCCGUUUCUUGGCCCUCCACCUGCUCCACCAACAAACCCUCUAUUUCGUGGCGACGGCCAAGUCUCGGGUGCGCGAACUUUACCUGCAAACAUGCCGACAUUUUGCCCAACAGGGGAUGCUAGACACCGAUCUGUUCGGACUUGCACUGAUUUGUGAUGGUGAAUAUCUGUUUGCCGAACCAGAUAGUAAGUUAUCUAAAUACGCACCGAAAAGUUGGCGCUCAUCCCACAGCCAUGGACUCGAUGCGAACGGACGUCCAGCUUUGGCCUUCUACUUUCGCGUCCAGUUUUACGUGGACAGUCCACUCCUUCUCCGAGAUGAGACCACUAGACACAAUUACUACUUGCAGUUGCGGCUCAACGCGGUCUCAGGGGCGUCGGGAGAGCACGCGGCCCACCUUGCCGGAUUGGCCUUACAGGCGGAUCUGGGGGACUUCGAUGAAAAUUCGAGUUAUAGACCAGAGGAUUACGUGCCACCGAACAUGCGAGGACCAGCUGCGUUACGGGCUAUCGAGACAGCCCAUCGAUCGCACCGGGCAUUAUCAAAAACUGAAGCUAGGUCGCGAUUUAUCGACGAAGCUUGCCAGUUACAGGAACCGGUCAACGCUCACGUGUUCCGGUUAAAAGCUUCAAAAAGUGAACCUACUCCGGGAUCCCUGGUUUUGGCGGUGUGCGCUCGAGGCUUGAGGGUUUGUCCUGAAAAUAAUCCACCUUCAAUAUUUCUAUGGAGUAGCAUAAGUAAACUUAGUUUCGAAAGAAAAAAAUUUGAAAUACGUACUGGCCAUGAAAAACUUACCCUUUACACAUCUAGUGAUGAGAAAAGUCGACUUUUGUUAAGCCUGUGCAAGGCAACCCACCAGUUUAGCAUGGCUGUUGCUCCCAGGCUGUAUGAAGCAAGAAAAGAAGAAGAAGACAGGCAACGAUGGGGAUGUGAUCAACGUGUUUCUGUGAUAAGUUCAACGUCGUCAAACACAACAUCGGGAAUUGUGAGUGAUCGGGUACAUUCAGAAGAUGAAUUGGAAAUCAUGAUUACUAGUCCUCCAGCACCAAGCACCGAAAGUCUAGCUCUGGCUCACCUGCUGGACAGUGCUCCACCCAGUAGCCGGACAUCGGCAGCUUCAGCUACGGCAGCGCUGGCUUCAUUCUCACUUAAAGAAGAAGAAGAGGAAGUGCCAAAACAGACUACAAGUGAGAGCUCUGGAAAGACCGCAAGUAGUAGCGUCAAAUGCGCUGGAUCGCAAUGCAGCUCCUCUUGUAGUACUGUUGUUGUGACGCCAGUUAGCCAAACAAAACCGAAAAGACGACGCCCAUCUACCAGCAGCAGUCUAGAACUAGGAUAUUCACAUACAGCCCAAAAUUCAGCAGUAAGCGACGCAACUUGCAUUGAAACAGACACCAGAGAGCCUGUUUAUACUUCUGGUCCAGCUCCAAGUAGUCAAACUAGCGGAGUUUAUACCUUGACUUCAAGUGACCACUGCACUUUGAGCUCAGCAGGAAAUUAUGCAAAUACUUCAAGUGAAUAUGCCACCACCAAUGAGUCACUUUUUAGUAGUGAUCAAAUCGAUGGUUCGUUUAGAGAUCGAGCUAAUUCAAAUGCGAGCAACUUAUCGUUUCACGGAGAUGGAAGUGAUCCCACUAAUAAUAAACGGACAUUAUUGUCAGCAGAAGAAUUAUCAGAUUUGAUCGUUGGACGGUACCCUUCAUGUAAAAGCGUUAGCAAUACUUUAGAUUCUGAUUCGGACUAUGUUACCCUACCUUCCGGUUAUCAAAGUUAUGCUCCAGUACCUCCAAAGAGGGUUGAUAGUGUGGAACCAAGAUUUCGACCACCACCACCACCAUAUCCACAUUCACUUCAAAUGAAAGAUUCAGAAAAUGACUGUGAUAUUGCUUGUUCUUUUGUGGAAAUUUCAAUGAAAGAUCCCCCUCCGUAUCCGGAUAACCCUACACCUGUUCCACCGCCAGUGUACCCGUUUGAAGAAGCUCCUGCAAGGUUUAUAACAACACGAUCUCCAAAUAUUUUAACUGCUCAUGCUAGCGUUGUUAGUGUAAAUUCAACUCCUAGCUAUUCUGCUGCUUCAAAGACUGGUUCUCUACCACCAAGACCACCCAAGAAUCCACGUCCUCGUCCCAUUAGUGUUAGUGGCAAUGGAAUGAUUAAUCCUAAUGGUUUUAUAGAUGUGACUACACCAAAUACAGCUAGUGUUUUGGUGCCAUGCGCCUUUCUUCCGCCUCCACCUCAACCAGCCCCAAGACAACCACCCCCUCCACCCCCUCCUGGCUUAGCAACAGUUUAUACCAGUCAAUUAUCAAGAUCACAAAUUGAGCAAUAUCAACAACAAAUGUAUAGUGAUGUGGAUUUUGUAGUGUUUCCUCUAAAAGAGCCUGCCAUAAGUAAGCAAGAGUAUCUUGAAGCCAAACAAGGUUCUAUAUUAGCAGCCUUAGCUCAUCAGCCAGUGUUCUAUCGCAGCACACCUUAUUUGGGACGGUAUUCUUCCAGUCAAAACUUAUCGGAUACGUAUGUGCAAUUACCUGUCUAUGGAGCACCAAGCAUUUCGUCAACAGGGAGUUUGGAUCCACCACCACCACCUUUACCUCCAAAUAGACCAACUAGAUUCUUGAGAACACAAUCUGAUGAUAAUAUUUUGAACUCUUUGGAAGCUUCACCUCAACAACCACCUACGCAAAAAUUCCGAAGGAUGCCACCACCACCCCCACCACUUCCUGAAAAAAACCGAGCAUUAUUGGAGAGGCACAACCUAUUAGAUCCUAAAGUGACAAGUAGUGUAAGUAAUCUUGAUACUCUUGACAAAUCUGGAAUCAGUUCGAGUGAAACUCGUGCUUCCGCACUGGAUAUCCGUACGCUUCGGGAAAAAAGCAAAAAAAUGGACUUGCCGUUGAUUUCGGCGUUAUGCAAUGACCGGUCGCUUAUAAAGCAGACGAAAGCUUUUGUCAUGCCUAAACACCCCGGGGAAGAAACGUCACCACCACGACAGACGCGAAACUCGGCGCGGGUUAAAUAUCCAGUGUCCGGUCUUAGUAGUACUAAAAUACAAAAAAGCAGCAAAAAACCGCCUACAAUCAGUCAUCGACAUCCUGGAGAUAAAUUACCCGAAAUUCCCAGGGCUUUACCUAAUAAUUAUGUUACGACUGAAACAAGGACCAAACAUAAAAGUAUGCAAUCUUAGUCGUGAUUACUCGAAAAAAUAGUUUUAUCUGCAAGAAAUGGCUGAAAAGGGUAAUCGACGUUUAAUAUUGGCCCUUUAAGGUUUCAACAUUAAUAAUAAUUAAUGAUCACUAUUCUCUGACACAAUCAGAGUGUUUUUGUUUAUAACUUUUAUUAAAGUUUAUAAUUUUUAUUUUAUAACAAACUGGCUUAUAAUCAAAAAUAGGAUAAGGAUCUAAGAAAAUUUAGGAUAACUGACCAUUUUUUGCAGACUGCACCUAUACAUAUUUCACUUUCCAGUACUAGUUUAUAAAUCAUGAUCUAAAAUUAUUUUUUCACACUCAGGGUGCCAUCAUUUGCAAACUCAAAUUUUUCCGGGAAAAACAUGUGUUCUUUUGAAAUUGUUGUAAUGCAGAACCCUUGUUUUAGGGUAAGCUAACACAGUCGACCUAUUAUUUUCCCUAAUUCAGAUUAAUUUUAUAAAUGGAAAAAUUAUUUACAUAAUAUAAACUCAUUGAUUUGGAAUUAUAAUUAUUUUAUUUUAUUUGUUAUAUACUGACUGUUAAGCUUACCCUUACCCCGAAAAAUGUAGAUAGAAGUAUUAUUGUAUGGGAUCAUAAAGAAGUAAGUAAUAUUAGCAAUAAUGUAUACACUUGCUCAAUUUUUUUUUUAUAACUUAUUGGUUAAUAAUUAAUAAUUUGUUAAUUUAUUUCUUGUAACAAAAUUUCUGGAAGCUUCAAUCAAGUGUAUGAUGGUCAUAGAUGGUGCUGAUAUUUUUAAUAAAGUGAAUAAAAACCCUUCCUAUCUGUUGUUUCAUUAUUUUGUUUAUACCUACUUUCUUCAGGAUAAAAAAAACUUGGCCUUCGAUAGUAUAUGCCACAUACACAGCAAUCUUACUCUUCAAAAAAAAAAAAAACACAAUCUAUAAUUGAAAAAUACAAUUAUCUACAAAAAAAUUUUAAAUGAGGAAAAGAAAAUCGACGUUGAGGCUAAUUAAUAUUGGAGUGAAUGAGUAGUGAACAUCACCUAAAAACGAUAGGCAAAGCAGAGAAUGACUGCAGAUUUUGUGAACAAGCAACAGAAACAGGAGAACAUCUGCUUUGUGAAUGUCCCGCUCCCGCUCAGUUUUCCUACAGGCUGAAAUACCUUGAAGCGGCAUGACAAUCGCUCGAAGAAAUGAGUACCAUGCGGAUAUUGGCUUCUUUUGACACAAGUCUAUGAAAAGACUAUACAGUGUGAUUUUUUAAGUGUGCAACAUAUGGGGAUUUUUUUUAGUAAUAGCACAACCCAAAUACAAACAAGGCCAAAAGUUGGUGCAUGUCUGAUAAUCAUAUUAGGUGCACUUAGAAUGGUUGCAAGUCAAACAGCAUACAGGGUAGCUCAAACAAUAUCAAAGCUGGUACUGUAAAGUACCCUUAGUUUAAAAAAUUCAGCAAAAUGUUAUAAAGAAAAGUUGUUUGGAAUUAAAAGUUAUGCCUAAAUACCAAAACAUAGCCUUCUAAGAUUUUUUUUUAUUUUCUUUUGAAAAAAAUUUAUAAUUUCUAUAUUUUUUAAUUUUUUAUUUCCGCCCUUGAGACUUUCAAAAAUUAAUUAAAAUCAAAUCAAUUUUAAAUAACUUUGUUCAAAUUCAAGCAUAUUUGUAAAAUUAACUUAGAUUUUUAAUUUUUUAGCGAAUCACAAAAUUCAUGUUUGUUGCAAUGAUAUUCAACACAACUUUAAAAUGUCGCAAUUUUUUUUUUUAACAAGCUAAAACAUUACUAAUGAUAAUAGCCAUAUUAAAAAAACUCUCCUUAGAGUGCAAAAGUUUUAUUUUAUUUAAGUAAAUAUUAGUAGAAUUUUGAUAUUUUUUGAGCCACCCUGUAUGCUGUUUGACUUGCAACCAUUCUAAGUGCACCUAAUAUAAUUAUCAGACAUGCACCAACUUUUGGCCUUGUUUGUAUUUUGAUUGUGCUAUUACUAAAAAAAAACCCAUAUGUUGCACACUUAAGUAAUGACACUGUAUAUAAAAACAUCUAGCUGGUAGUCAAUGAUGAUUCAGUCCAUCCCUUGCCCUUGAGGUUCUGCUGUAUCUUUCAGUGAAACCAUUAGUGUUAUAAUAUCAGUGUGUAGAUCAGAAUAGGAAUGUUCACAAAAUAAAAAAAUCCCGUUUAACAAUUAUUAAAUUAUUAAGCAUCAUUUCAUAAGUGAAUCUAAAAAAUUUUACGAAAAUCAGCAAAUUCUUUCUUUGAGAAAAACGGAGACGAAAUAUUAAUAUUCAUUUAAACGCACGAAACCCUCUCUGACGUCACAAUGCGUAACGAGUUAGCGCGCGCAACUACAGUGACAGUGGCGCUACUAGCUAAAGUUCGCCUUACGAGUCUAGCACUAUGGAAAGAAUGCGGAUAAAAAGAUUGCAAUAUUGCCUAUUUGACUUCCAAUAGAAAAUACCUUAAUAUUUAUCUAUGUUACACACCUACAUUUAUUAGGAAAAAUUAAUAUUUAAAAACGCUGCGCGCACGCCUAUGACAGGCAGCAUAAAGCUCGAAAUUAUUGGCGUUAUUCCCCCUUGCCCUUCAGACGUCGUAAUGCUAGACUCGUAAGGCGAACUAUACUUGGAUCAGCCUUUUGUGACGUUGCUUUUGCGAUUUUUGUUGGCAAUAAAGAGUAUUCACAUUUAUAUUAUUAUUAUGGUUAGGUUUUAAUUUAACGAGAAAGUCUUUUAACGUUUAACAAGUAUUUUGAUAUUGCUGUUAUCUCCUCCGUGUCGAUCUCUGUAUUGGGGUUUAUCGAAAUUAAGGAAGAAAAUGUACUACUAGGGCUAAAAUGGAGGAAGGCUUUCCAAAGGCCUAUUCACAUCACAUAAUCUGCCAACUGUGCACGUUACUAUGACUAUGGUAUC